ACGCAACUUUAACCUUUGGAAUAAAAAAGAACCCCUCCUCAACACACUCCCGCAACCUUUUCCCGUCACCAUGAACAACGACCAGAAUAAGGGCGUCACCGGCGUGGCCAAGACGGCCACCGGUGUUCUAGGCAACACAACCUCCGGCCUGUCCAACACCGUCGGCGGCAUCCUCGGCGGAGCAACUCGCGGACUCGGCGAGACCCUCAACGGCGUGACCGGCGGCGCUGCCCGCCCCGUAGGUGAUGGCGUCGCCAACCUCGGCACCGGGAUCGAGAACGGUCUGUCGGACGUCGCCAAGGGUGCGAGGGAUGCUGGUGAUUGGAAGAAAUAAACACCCAAGAACGCACGCUGGACGGCCAAGGGUGGAAGGCUGAUGGCCUUCUCUCUUUUUUUGUCUCUAUACCAUGAGAAUCUGUGUUAUUAGGAAACGAUAGAGUUGUGUGGUUUUAAUCAAGAACUUAAAGCGUUGGGUGACGA